UGGCCGCUGCCCCGGAUGCCGCUGCCCGCGCCGGGCGCUGCCCCGGUUGUUGAUCGCGGCUGCCGGAAGCCGACGUGGCGGCGGCGCGGCGCGGCCUCGGCGGAGCCGCCGGCCGGCAUGAGGGGCUGCGGGCUGCGGCCGCCGAGCCCGGCCCCGGCCCCCCGGAGGGGCUGCGGGCUGCGGCCGCCCUGCCCGGCCCCGGCGCUGCUCUGCGGGCUCCUGGCGGCCGUGGCGGCCGUGGCCGAGGGCGGCCGAGCGCUCCCGCAGCUCAGCGACGACAUCCCGUUCAGGGUGAACUGGCCCGGCACCGAGCUCAGCCUGCCGACCACUGGUGUCUUGUACAAGGAAGACAAUUAUAUCAUCAUGACCACUGUGGAUAAAGAGAAGUACAAGUGUCUCCUGCCAUUGAUAGCCAGUGGCAAUGAGGAAGAAGAAAAGGACUAUAAAGGUCCUACUCCAGGAGAACUGCUGGAGCCUCUCUUUAAGCAAAGCAGCUGUUCCUAUAGAAUUGAAUCUUACUGGACUUACGAGGUCUGCCAUGGGAAACACAUCCGUCAGUACCAUGAGGAGAAGGAAACGGGGCAGAAAAUAAACAUCCAAGAAUAUUACCUGGGGAAUAUGAUAAUGAAGAACCCAUUGUCAGAACCAGAUCAAGAAGAGAAGGAAAAUUCCAAAGACGGUGCAAAAGAGAUCCCUACAAAAAACAUUGAAGGGCAGAUGACUCCCUACUACCCAGUGGAGCUGGGCAAUGGCACUCCCUGCAGCCUGAGGCAGAACCUGCCCAGGUCCAGCACAGUGAUGUACAUCUGCCACCCCGAGGCCAAGCACGAGAUCCUCUCCGUAGCAGAAAUCACCACCUGUGAGUACGAGGUGGUGAUCCUGACCCCGCUGCUGUGCAACCAUCCCAAAUACAGGUUCAGGGCUUCCCCUGUGAAUGACAUCUUCUGCCAGUCCCUGCCAGGAUCCCCACUUAAGCCCCACAACCUGGAACAGCUGGAGAAACAGCAGGAAAUGCUGAAGAUGCCUUUUAGGAGAGUUAAAGAGGAAGAAAUGCCUUCAACGAAAGAAGAGAAAUUCUCUUCCAUCCACAAGCCUGUGGCUGUUGGGAGCCACCAGCUGUUAACAGUGGGGACAACCCACAUCUCCAAACUGACCGAUGAGCAGCUCAUCAAGGAAUUCCUCAGUGGUUCCUACUGCUUCCAUGGGGGCGUUGGCUGGUGGAAAUAUGAAUUCUGCUACGGCAAAUACGUCCACCAGUACCACGAGGAUAAAGAAAGUGGCAAGACCUCUGUGGUGGUGGGUACGUGGAGCAAGGAGGAGCACAUCGAGUGGUCGAGGAAGAACGCGGCCAGGACCUUCUCCCUGCGAGAGGAUGGCACCCAGACAGUCAGGAUGGUGUCUCAUUUCUAUGGAAAUGGAGAUGUUUGUGACUUGACAGACAAGCCAAGGCAGGUGACUGUGAAAUUGAAAUGUAAAGAAUCGGACUCCCCUCAUGCCGUGACCAUUUACAUGUUGGAGCCUCAUUCUUGCCAGUACAUCCUUGGGGUGGAGUCUCCAGUCAUCUGUAAAAUCCUGGAUACAGCAGAUGAAUACGGGCUCCUCUCGGUGCCCAGCUGAGGACAGCAAAGCCCCCAAGGCCAAAUCCUGGCAUUCCCAUGGGAACAGUGUCUGUGAGCUGACAAAGGCCUCACCAGCACAGCUCUCCAAGCUGAGGGACUUGUGAACCACUUUGUGUAUAACUAUGUGUAUAUAAGAGCUUAUUGAUAAACUUUUAAUGAUUAAAACUUUGUCUUGCACUUCC